AUGGCCGGCGUUGGAAUGCAAAGGAUCUUCAUUUCGUCUUCGAAGCGGCUCUUUUUUCAGCAUUCUUCAGUCACAAGUUGGCGCCUCAACGCCCAUGUAGGUCGCCGUAUUCUAGCAACCGCGACAUAUAACACCUCUGUGCCGCCACCCUCGCCAGCAGCAUCUUCCUCUACCACAACUCCAUCCUCUCCCACUCCUGCGCAAGCUGAAACACCUUACUUUCCUGAUGUUAACGCGCCGGACGGGUCAACAGAUUGGUCGAAGAGCUAUUCUGGUUUGGGGGUUCAACCAUUCCCAAAGGAGGCCGCGAAGAUAUUGCAGGCCCCUCUUGAUCCCAUGGACAUCGAAAUGAAGCCUGAUGGAUUAAUUUACCUCCCUGAAAUUAAGUAUCGCAGAAUCUUGAACCAGGCUUUUGGACCGGGUGGAUGGGGGCUUGCACCACGCAGUGAAACGAAUGUUGGUCCGAAAAUUGUCAGUCGAGAAUACGGACUCGUUUGUCUUGGUCGGCUAGUUGCAAUAGCGAGAGGAGAGCAGGAGUAUUUUGACCCUUCUGGAGUAUCUACAGCGUUAGAGGGAUGCAAGAGCAAUGCCCUUAUGCGAUGUUGUAAAGACUUGGGCAUUGCCAGUGAGCUGUGGGAUCCCAGGUUCAUCCGCGAAUUCAAGGCAAAAUUCUGCGUAGAAGUAUUCGCUGAACAUCUGCCUACCAAGAAAAAGAAGAAACUCUGGCGUCGCAAGGACCAACCUAAGUUCGGAUACCCUUAUCAGGAGUAA